CCUUUUUUACCGUCAGGGGUCCAGUCAUCUGAACUGUACCCCCGCCCCCCCCCCACAUGUCCAGGAGACAGAAUGCACCAGAAGUUAGGAGCUGAGCCGAAAGAUAGCUUUCUACUUGGCCUGAGCAUUCAAUCCUUUCCAGGAAUGGAAUGCAGAGGGGGAAGAGAAGGGUGGAGUUCAGUGUGAUAGGCUGUAUGAAUUUCAAGUCUUUGUGGAACUCUUAGAUGUGAGACCUCCAGUAUGCAACUGGAGAUGAAAUUUGGUUGCUUGAUGCCCCACCACACCAUGCUAUGCCAUUGCAGUGCUGCAGGGGACUUGGAGAGUUUUCAGGUCUCUGAAAGCAGAAGCGGAGAGGACCCGGUUUGAAUGUUGAGGAAGGAUUGGACACUUUGGGGAAAGGGAAUGAUCCUUAUUUAACUAAAGCAGAGAUACCAGCUUAUUUGUAGGAGUCACUUGAAACCAGAGUGGAUGUAGGAAAAUGCCAGUCUUCACGCUGCUCAUGCCCCGGGACAUGGAAGCUAUUGGGAAAGCAUGUCUUCUGCCCAAGACACACAAGGCACUGUAUGUCCCUGACAGUGGUGAGGUCUCUGUGUUUGGACUGAACUACAGUAACUGUCUAGGAAGUACAGAUAACCAGAGCACACUGGUACCUAAGAAUCGAGAAGCCUUAGUUAUGAGUGGCCCCCGUGUUCUCGUCAGCACAGAAGAUGCACUGGUCUACGCCUGGAGCCACAGGGGAUACAGCCAGCUGGGCAAUGGGACCACCAACCGAAGCGUCAGUUCUGUUCAAGUCUGCACCGAUCUCUUGAUGGAAGAGGUGGUUGAAGUAGCUUGUGGCUCACCUCAUUUGGUGGCCCUGGCCACUGAUGGAGAGGUACUUCUCGGGCCUGGAACAACUGUGGCCAGGUGUGAUCAGAACCUACAGCAAGUCAGCCAACUCCUGGACAAGUUACCAUCUGCUUACGUAGUAAGAGGAUGGUUGGCAUUGCUUGUGGUCAUGCCUCAUCCUUGGCUUUUCUGGACAGUGGGAUAUUAUAUGCACCGUGACAUGCUGGGAGAAAAAGGAGAUUUCAUUACUUCACCUGAAAUCAGUCAGAUCUUUGGGGAGCUACUAGGGAUAUGGUUUGUAAGUGAAUGGAUCGCCUCUGGAAACAAGGCGGCUUUUCAGCUGGUAGAACUGGGCCCAGGCCGGGGAACUCUAACUGGAGAUAUUUUGAGGGUAUUCAGUCAGCUUGGAUCUGUGCUGAAAAACUGUGACAUUUCAGUUCGUCUAGUAGAGGUGAGCCAAAAAUUAAGUGAAAUCCAAGCACUGACUCUGACUAAGGAGAAGAUUCCUUUGGAGAAAGAUGCUGAGUCUUUGGAAUACAUGAAAGGUGUUUCUAAGUCUGGGAUUCCAGUCUCCUGGUAUCGAGAUUUGAAGGAUGUUCCAGAAGGGUACAGCUUUUAUCUUGCACAUGAAUUUUUUGAUGCCCUUCCUGUGCAUAAAUUUCAGAAAACACCACAAGGAUGGAGAGAAGUGUUCGUUGAUAUUGAUCCACAAGUUUCUGAUAAGCUGAGAUUUGUCUUGGCACCUUGUGCCACCCCAGCAGAAGCCUUCAUACAACGCGAUGAAACACGGGACCACGUUGAAGUGUGUCCUGAUGCUGGGGUGCUGAUUCAGGAGCUUUCUCAGCGCAUCGCACUCACUGGAGGUGCUGCCCUGAUAGCUGAUUACGGCCACGAUGGAACAAAGACAGAUACCUUCCGGGGAUUUUGUGGACACAAACUUCAUGAUGUCCUGAUUGCCCCUGGAACAGCAGAUCUCACAGCCGAUGUGGACUUCAGUUACCUGCGCAGAAUGGCACAAGGAAAAGUAGCCUCUCUGGGCCCAAUAAAACAAAAAACAUUUUUAAAAAAUAUGGGCAUUGAUGUCCGACUGAAGGUUCUUGUAGAGAAAUCGGAAGAACCCUCUGUGAGGCAGCAGUUACUUGAGGGGUAUGAUAUGUUAAUGAAUCCUGUGAAGAUGGGAGAUCGAUUUAAUUUCUUUGCGUUGCUGCCUCAUCAGAGACUUCAAGGUGGAAGUCGUGAGAUGAGUGCAGGCCAGUCAAAACCCUCGGCAGCACCUGUAGCUGGGUUUGAUGAACUUGCUUGGCAGUGAAACUUCACCUUGGGUUUUUCACCCGUCUGCUUAAAAAAAUCAAAAUAAAUACCAUACUGAAAGUAA